AUGGCUCUUCGGAUGGAAUCACGCUGCUACUAUGCUGCCGUGGGAGUUUUUGGGCAGAUCGCCCGGCUCUUCCUCUGGGAUCGUUCUGGCGUCCUGGUUUCCGAGGCUUUCGACUACAGAACAAAUCCUGCACCUCUGGCUCGGUUCCUGAAAGCGAUGUCCCAAUACCGCAAUGGAGGCAUCGAUGCGACCGCAUGUCGCAUCCUCGACAUCACAGAUUUAAAAGCGUUGGAAUACGAGCGACUCGAAAGGGCCAUCCACCUUGCUCUGAACGAGGGUUUAUUGGAUGAAUCGAUGGCCAAGAAGGAUAAAAUAUAUCUAGAGAUGUGGGUCCGCCAUGUCGUGUCUAGGUCGCUCGCUGGUCGGGGUACUCGCGUGUGGCUGGCAAUACCCGCCGAUGGAGACGUGCAGAACAUCGAAUUCGUCAUUAUCAAGGAUGGUUGGAGGGAAGCGGACCCCUGGUCGAAAGGCAGGAUAUACGAAGAGAUCAAGAAGGCAGUGAAGGCGAGAAAGGCAAAGGAUGACGUUUUCGGCCUUCCCAAAUGUCUCACGGCGUCGGAUAUCGAGGAGCCAGGUUUCCUUCACCGGACCCUAGCCAGUCAGGUAAAAUCGGUCCUGGGUUGUAAGAGCGCUGUGGACCGUAUUCACCACAGAUGUGUUCUGCACACCGUUGGCAAGCCACUUUCGCGCUUCGGAUCGACCUUUGAACUGAUGGUGGUGAUACGCGACGUGGCCAAAUCUCUCCAGGAAUUAUCCGAAUUGGGUAUCAAUCAUCAAGACAUUAGCGCCAACAACAUCUUAAUCAAUGCUUCUCCAGAGGGCCAGGAAAGCCCCAGGGGACUUCUCAUUGAUCCUGAGCUGGCAUCUGUGCCGGGGAUGCCAGAUUACGACAAUGAACUCAAGUUUAUUACUGGAACCUUCCAGUUCUUGUCAAUUGAUCGCCUCGCAGAGAAUGGUACACCCCAUUAG